AUAAAUAGGAGGAUGAGACCCGGCCAUGUUCACACUCCCCCACAACACGCCCUCGGGAACACACUUGGCGAAUUCUCGUGAUCGUUGCAGGUACCCCUCAGACGUGAUGGCUUCCCUCCGCAUACUCGCUGUGCUCCUGUGUAUUGCCAUGACCAUGGCUGCGGUGAGCGACGCCCUUGUGUUAUGUCCGCAGUUUCCUUCGUGCUGUUACAACCGCAGGCCGAACGGUAGGGACACCUGCCACGCCCUGUGUCCUUCCUGCAGGGAAGCGCGGGAAUUCACCAACGGCGUCCGGAACAGGCCGUCUCGUCGUCGCCGCCCUGACAUCUCCUUCAUCGCGGGAGAUCCCUUCGCCUUCCCCAACAGCGACAUCUUCCCGAGCCCUUUGGUUAUUUUGUAGAUGAGGUCCCACUUCGUUGGAGUCCUUUUUUGCGUAACCAAAAUUCUUUUUCCCGUCCGAGUCAGCAGUGCGUCCAUGAGGACCGCUGGCAGACGGAGGGGCCGAAGAAGGCAAGAAGGCGAGAAUUGCUAUGGCGGCGAAGAGAGAAGAAGAGUCUCUUCGCAGACUGUCUUUCUCUCUCGUGUUGCUCCUUUGGAAGCACCGGCGAUCCUGUCCACGAGAGAUAGCUGGGUAUUCAGUCACUGCUUGGAAUGAAGCCCAAGAGAAUUAUCUUAGUGAAGUUCUUGCAGAGGACUUCUCUGGAGGCUUCAGCCGCAGAGUUAUCAUCCACAUCAUCCCGAGUGAUCAUCCAUCGCAUAUCCGAGAGAAGAACCGAGACAGGUUGUCUCUCGGUUGGUGAGAUCAUUAUUUUGUUCCCGUUGUUGUUACUCCUUUGUUUUUGAUAUUUAUUUCAACCAAAGAGUUUUACUUUGCGUGUGUGUGUGUGUGUGGUAUGCGUGUUGAGACAUCAUUGCACUGCUUGAUAGGCGAUGAUGUUAUUAGUUACAUCUGUGAUGUAGUUUAUACAAAUAUAAAGUUAAAGAAAUAUUUUGA